AUGUUUAUAGACAGGCUGGAAUUUCAACUCUGCAGCGGCACUCGCCAAGUCUAUGGAAAAAGCGCCGGAGGGGUGGACUUUGAGACCUUUCGCUUGGAUGUGGACGAGGCCAUUGUGGAAGUGACGCAUGUAGAGACACAUAACUACCUUGCCCAGAAAUUCAUUUUCAAGACGGACAAGGGCAGCAUAUUUGAAAUCAGCGGCUGGGGAGGUCCAGGGAAAGAGCCCCGACAGCACAAGAUUGUCGCACCUCAGGACCAGCAGAUUUGCGGCCUUGUCUUUCAAGAGGAAAAAACGCUCCAGGGCAUUUAUGUACAGAGCCGCUUUAGGAGAGGGUCUCGGCAGUACCCCAGGAAGGUGAUGAGGGACUUGGCAGAGGGUCACGAAGCUGCCAAGUCCAAAUAG